AGGCUUGAUGUUGCGCGUUCACAGUGUAGUCGUGGCGAACGGAGGUUGUCUCGUUCCAAUUUUUCUACCUUUCCCAUUUAGCUCUGCAAUUUUUUCAAAGUGCAAAUUUCAUUGUUAGUGAGUGAGUAAAAAACAAAAACAAAAAACAUAACUUCAACUACACAAACGCUUGCAAAGCCAGUAGGCAGUUCAGUGGGCUUGUUUCGGGACAAGCUAACGCCGGCUUAUCGCCAGUGAUGUUAUCUAAGGCCAUCUUUGCACACCAUUUUGACCAACUUGACUCUGAUUCCUUCUUCGAUUCCACCAGUUUCACGUAGUGCGAUAAACAUCCCCCUAUCCCACCGAAAAAAUCGUUGCGGGACAGAAGAAAGCGCUUGAAAUGGAGACGGGUGACGUGCCAACGGCCAGUAAUUUAACACCAAGGGGGACAUCAGCCUCGGCGGAUAAAGCGGGAAAGAAAACCAAAAAGUUACCUGAUGCAACUCACGGUUUGAAAUUUGAAUCCAAGUUGGUGGCGUUGUUUUGCAUCCGAGCACUUGGGGCCGGUUACAAGUUUGAAGUGACCAAAGAAAGGGAAGAUCUGGGCGGUAAAUUUGACGACUUGAUUUUCCGAUAUCAAGUCUCAGAUGGAACGCCUGAGGGUAAACGUUGGCGCUAUCGCUACCUGCAAGCCAAACACAAGCAAAACGAGACUGAUAAGAUCAAUGCAACUCAUCUACUCGGAGACAAUGACAGGGGCGAUUUCAGCUUACCAAAAUAUUUCCGUUCCUUCUGCAUGAUGAGAAGAAGAGGCGAUGACAUUCACGACUGCAUCAUUUGCACCAACAUCGGUUUUCAUUUGGAUGUCGAAAAGAAUGGGAUCAAAUUAGUGUCGAUUAACGACCAAUGGGAAGGCAUUCUAGAAUUCGAAAGAAAAGAUGGGGAGAAUCCGAAAGAGAAGACAGCCCGUUAUAAAUUGGAGUUCACAGAAGAGUUGAGAAGAAAAGCGUUAAACGAAUGGCCAGACAUUCAACGUCUCGCCGAACAGUUGCAAGAAUGCGCUCAAGGCAACAAAACAACUGAUAUAAGAAGCGGAAUCUUUAGCAGCUAUCACGUUGCUUUAAUCAAGGAAAGCGUCAUUGAUUUGAAAACGAAAAAAUUCCAUCACGACUUUGUAAAUGGAGUCGAAAGUUUGUCCGUCGGGGCAGCGCAAUUACGUCAAAUCCUCAGCGAACGGCCGGGAUAUGUCGACUGGAAAUUCCAACUGAACAACAAUUUUGGAAAGAGCCAAACGAACGGUGAAACAGAAAAUGGCCUCCCGUUAAAAAUCGAAGACGCAGACCUUGAUGCAUUCCUUGCCACAUUCGUGCUAGUGGUAAAUAUGCCAAACGAAAAACAAUUUGAAGACAUUUUACAAAGCAAAGACAUCAGCAAGUACUACAUUGAGAAAGAAUGCAAACAGCAAACAAUCUGUUUGAUGCACGAUAUAGAUCAGAAAUUCAGCGACAAGGAUGUGAACGAUUGGCUAACAUCAGAAGAAGCCAAGGAGAUCUUAUUAGAUGGUGUUACAGAAGCGUCACAACACUAUCAGGAAGAACUGAAAGAGGAUGUGGGGUUCGACGAAAUUCCCAGUGAUAAAAUGAUCGAUAAACUAAAAAAAUUGCCGGCCAAUGGCAACAGGAUUGAACGAAUUAUUACCCCAUCCCCGAAGCAUACGGCCGUUGAAUUCCUUUCGGCCAUUAAGAAGGUAGAGGAGUACACCAGGGACGAAAGCUUUUUAGUGGUGCCGUUGAGUAGUUUAAAGGACAAGAAACGUUGGACAAACAUUCUUAAAUUGAAAAAAAAUUCUCACCAUCUUCUCGUCGUCGUUUGCGAUAGAGAAACACCUGAUCCAUGUGGUUAUGAAGAUCUUGUUCCGGUCGAUCAAACAGUCAACAAAAUAGUGUUCAUCUGUCGUGGCGACAUCACGUACGCAGAGUUGAGCGAGAAAUUCCAAAAGGAUAUCCUGGAAAAAACAAUUUCGUUCCAAGGAACAAAGUUAACCGUCGACGAGCUGGUUGGAAACGAACCGGACAAAGUUAUUGAUCACCUGUCUAUAGAAGAGUUGCUGUUCCAGGAGGAAAAAGAAGUCAACAUUCCCCAAUCAGACACAUCGGCAUACGAAGAAUAUUUGUACAUCGAAAGGCGGUUGAUGACUGCGUUUAACGAAUCUUUCGAAACCAAAUUAACAAACCGCUUAAAUUGUACAUUAGAUGAGCUCCACCAGAAAUGCAAAUUCACUGCGCAAGGUGAAAUAAAAUGGUUUGUCAAGGAAGCCGAUCGUCAAUCCAUAUGGUUAGAAAUUAAACGCCUCACAGAUGAAGAAGUGUCCUCACACGCCAUCGACGAGAGCCAACUCGUUCGUCUGGAUGAGGGAAGUGAACGAUCUCCGGUUGUUAUCAUAUCCGAUGGAGCUGGAACAGGCAAAUCAACUCUCCUCUUCCAUUACUACAUGGAAAAGAAACGAGCAAAACCAGAUCACUGGAUCAUUAGAACCAAUCUAGCAGAGCACCAAACAGCUCUCGCACAAUUAGCAACAACUGCUGAAGACGAUGCCGUUGAUUUCCUCGUCAACAAGCUGCACAUCGUUGCAAAUGACAGCCCGUUUUCACGUUCGCUGUUGAGGCACCGAAUCAAAACGGGAAAGAGAAUUGCUUUCAUGUUUGAUGGUUUCGACGAAAUCAGCCACGUUUGCCAACAGAAAUUGAUUCAUUUGAUGAAAAUACUUGCCGAGAAGGAAACGAUUGGACUCUACGUAACGACAAGGCCCCACAUGGUAGACGAAUUACAAUCUGGAUUGUUUCAAUUGGCCCACCACCUGCAAAUCUUGUCUGAAGAAGAUCAAAUUAAUUACUUGAUCAACUACUGGCAAGAAAAUUUACAUGAAAUUGAACAGGAAAACAAGUCAAUUAUUAUACGGAAGUUUGCCGAAGCAUUAGCUCAACGAAUAUCCGAGACUCUAAAACAUGAAGAGAUGUGCUUCAUUGGAGUUCCGUUGCAAUGUCGAAUUCUAGCCGAGUACUAUCUACCUGAAGUUGGAAAACGCAUAGAAGACGACAAAGUAGGAGAAUGCGUAACACUAGAGGACCAAGAUUUCGAUUUAAAGGGCCUGUUCGGACGUCUUUUGAAAACAAAACGGCGAAUCUAUCAGGAAGAAAAGGGUAAAUCAUCAAUUUCCAAUAACACCGGCAGGGGGACUAUGCAUUUUUCCACCCUUAACAUUGAGUUUCAUCUUACUAAAUUGGCUGUAAAGACACUUGUGGCGAACGACAGUAACGCGAAUAUUUUAUGGCCCUUCCAGCACCCGCAUGAACUAUCGGACAAUGAAAAGGAUUUGACAGAUUCGGGAGUGAAAUACGGAUUAGUUCUGCGCAGCAAAUGUGAAGAGACAUCUUACGUCCAAUUCGUUCAUCGCACCUACGCCGAGUACUUGUUCGCUCGCUAUUUGUAUCAAGAAAUGGACAUCAACAACGUCGCCAAUUACCGGCUGUUUGAUGAGAAACCUAUAUGCGACUUGGUCAUUAAUGAAAUUUUAAUUCAAGACAAUUAUCACGGAGUAAGGGUAUUUUUGAAUUCCAUGCUGACGAAGACAGAAAACGAUCAAAGAACAAAUCCAACAGAUCUAUUGAAAAAAUUUGCUACACAUUUAGCUAAGCACAUCCAUCUGACCCGACGUUAUAGAAUUCAUCCCCAUGGCAACACUUUAAUUGUUGCCCUCCAAACUGAACACCUGUUUCAUUUUUUACUCGAUUGUCUCGAUGGAACGUUAGACGAAUCUGAGGCGAAGCGAGUCGUCACGUUUGCAUUCGAAGAACCAUUUGACUUUUCUAUUUUCUUACAUCUGGGCGAAAAGCCACGCUACCUUUCUGAUUUUUGUAAAUUGUUCCAUUCAGUCAAGGGCAAUGAUAAAGUACUUAAAAGAAUUCUUUCUUAUUACGGCGACGCAGACGUCGUUGACGGGAAGCGUAUCGUCAAACAAUUGUACCAAAAUCUCUUUGUUUCAAGAAUUUUCUCUUCAAACUAUGUCUAUUUACGGAACAACGAUAAGGCAAAACACGUCCUGAAUACGACGUUGGACUUUGUGGAAAACCACACGUUACAUUUAAAACUUGCUUUGGAUUUAGAACAACCACCAUUCGGACCACUGGACAUGUCGGUUAUAUUACUUCAUUUUUACAUCUUUAAUGAAGAUGACAGCAACGUCCUAGUCAAAUUCUUACGCAUCCUAUCUUCCAUCUACUCCGAAGACAACAACUUUACUGAACUAAUAAAAUGUACAUUAAAUAUGCAAGCCAACAACGAAGAUAAAGUGAACUACCCACCCAGUAAUGGAAUAGAAACAACCCUAAAAAUUUUACGAGAACUGUCACGACCAACAGUGAUGCAAGGUUUAUGUCAUUUGGCACUUGUCACUAAUUUAUUCGAAAAAUAUUACUUACCGGAUCAAGAUUCACUGGUGGAUCCUCCUCCUCGAAUGACUGCACUCCACUGGGCAGCGUUCAAUGGCGACUUGGAAACGAUUGAAAGUAUGGGCCACGAAACGUGCAACGCAGAUGACGGUUUCACGCCCUUCUACGUAGCAGCCGCUCGUCAUCAAGAAGAAUUCUGUAACAAAAUAUUAUCUUUAUUAAAAACAAGAUGGAACGCGACAGAUAAUGAAUUACGAAAACACCUGACCAACGAUAAAGGAUUCGUAUUUACGGCCAUGUGGGAUGCAGUUUGCUUUGAAAAUGUCAAAAUGUUUCAGGUGAUCCUUAAAUCCGUCAAACAAGCCUUAGGGCGAAAUUACCUUAUGGAUUUGUUGAAAUCAAAAAAGGCCAUAGAAUCGUUUGCAAGUCAGGUAUAUGAUGGGCAAGACACUCUCCUCUUGGCUCUGAAGACAGGCAUAGACCGCAAACUGUUAUUCAAAACCAUAGCCAAAGUUAUGCUCGAGGACGGCAGUCAAGUGGGAUACACUAAUUUAAACGAUUUAGUCUUCCAAAGCAAAGAAACAGUCAAAACGGUGAACUAUAUCGUAGAAGAAACACUUCAUGGAAUGAUGAACGUGAAUGGGCAGGAAAUGUGGAGACAACGCUUUAUGAACUGCGACCGCCAUUGGGGUUUUACUUUGCUAUCAUCACACGAAUGGUGGAACUUGACGCUCCGGAUUAGAUCAUUGCAGACAAGUCUGUGACUGUUAUAGUUAGUGUUUUUUUGUAGUUGACUCCAUCAAUACACUUCAGUAAAAUCUA